AUGACCUCACCGUCUCAUCUCCUCAACGUCUCAUCCUUUCACCGUCUCCUCUUUUCUUCCUCUCAUCUCCUCACCGUCUCCUCACAUCACCGUAUCAUCCCCUCACUGUCUUAUCUCCUCACCGUCUCAUCUCCUUACCGUCUCAUCUCCUCACCUCCUCAUCUCCUCACCGUCUCCUCACAUCACCGUCUCAUCUCCUCAUCCUCUCAUCACCUCAUCUUCUCAUCCUCUCAUCACCUCACCGUCUCAUCUUCUCAUCACCUCACCAUCCCAUCUCCUCACCGUCUCCUCACAUCACCGUCUCAUCUCCUCAUCCUCACAUCACCUCAUCUUCUCAUCCUCUCAUCACCUCACCGUCUCCUCACAUCACCGUCUCAUCUCCUCAUCCUCUCAUCCCCUCAUCUUCUCAUCCUCUCAUCACCUCACAGUCUCAUCUUCUCAUCACCUCACCAUCUCAUCUCCUCACCGUCUCAUCUUCUCAUCUUCUCAUCACCAUACCAUCUCAUCUCCUCACCGUCUCAUCUCCUCCCCAUCUCAUCUCCCCACCGUCUCAUCUCCUCAUCCUCUCAUCACCUCACCAUCUCAUCUCCUCACCGUCUCAUCUCCUCACUGUCUCAUCUUCUCAUCAACUCAUCUUCUCAUCCUCUCAUCACCUCACCUUCUCAUCACCUCACCGUCUCAUCUUCUCAUCACCUCACCAUCACCUCUCCUCGCCGUCUCAUCCUCUCAUCACCUCACCGUCUCAUUCCCUCACCGUCUCAUCUCCCCACCGUCUCAUCUUCUUAUCUUCUCAUCCUCUCAUCACCUUAUCUUCUCAUCCUCUCAUCACCUCAUCUUCUCAUCCUCUCAUCACCUCACCGUCUCUUCUUCUCAUCACCUCACCAUCUCAUCUCCCCGCCGUCUCAUCUUCUCAUCUUCUCAUCCUCUCAUCACCUCAUCCUCUCAUCCCCUCACCGGCUCAUCUCCCCACCGGGUCAUAUUUUCAUCUCCUCACGUCUCAUCACCCCACUGUCUCCUCUCCCUACUGUUUCAUCACCUCCCCGUCGCAUCUUCUCAUGUCAUCACGUCUCCUAUCCCCACCGUCUCACCUCCUCACCUUCUCAUCCCCUCACCGUCUCCUCACAUCACCGCCUCAUUCCCCCCCCCUUCUCAUCACCUCACCUUCUCAUCACCUCACCGUCUCAUCUCCUCACCUUCUCAUCCUCUCACCGUCUCCUCACAUCACCGCCUCAUCCCCUCACCUUCUCAUCACCUCACCGUCUCAUCUCUUCACCUUCUCACCGUCUCCUCACAUCACCGCCUCAUCCCCUCACCUCCUCAUCCCCUCACCUUCUCAUCACCUCACCUUCUCAUUCCCUCACCUUCUCAUCCCCUCACCGUCUCAUCUUCUCACCGUCUCAUCUUCUCACCGUCUCCUCUCCUUCCUUACAUUUAAACAGUUAA